AUGGCUACAGGACAGGUGCUAUUUCAACGUUUUUUUUAUACCAAGUCUUUUGUGAAGCAUUCCAUGGAGCAUGUGUCAAUGGCCUGUGUUCAUCUGGCAUCCAAAAUUGAAGAAGCACCAAGACGCAUAAGGGAUGUAAUUAACGUGUUCCAUCGCCUUAGACAUCUACGGGAAAAAAAAAAACCUGUGCCUCUAAUACUGGAUCAAGAAUAUGUGAACUUGAAGAAUCAAAUUAUUAAGGCAGAAAGAAGAGUGUUAAAGGAGUUGGGAUUUUGUGUUCACGUAAAGCACCCUCAUAAGAUAAUCGUUAUGUACCUUCAGGUAUUAGAAUGUGAACGUAACCAACACCUGGUCCAGACUUCAUGGAAUUACAUGAAUGAUAGCCUGAGAACAGAUGUCUUUGUAAGAUUCCAGCCAGAAAGCAUUGCCUGUGCAUGUAUUUACCUCGCAGCUAGGACACUGGAGAUUCCACUUCCUAAUCGUCCACACUGGUUUUUACUCUUUGGAGCAACAGAGGAAGAAAUUCAAGAAAUCUGCUUAAAAAUUUUGCAGCUCUAUACUCGGAAAAAGGUUGAUUUAUCUGAUCUGGAAAGUAAAGUAGAAAAGAAGAAAUUAGCUAUCGAAGAGGCAAAAGCACAAGCGAAAGGUCUAGUACCUGAGGGAGCCCCGAGUUUGGAUAACACAUCAGGAUUUUCCCCUAUCCCGAAAAAUGGCAAGCUUGUUUUUCUAGAGUCUCCAAAAGAGGUUAAAGGAAAUAAACCUUCACCACUACCUGUUCAGGCAAUGAAGAACGCUAAAAGGAAAACAGAGGGAGCAAAAAGAAUGAGUUCAAAUAGCCCAGUAAACGGUGUUCAGAAAGGAAGAGAAAGCAGAAGUCGAAGCGGAAGUCGAGAUCAAAGUUAUUCAAGAUCUCCGUCCAGAUCCGCAUCCCCUAAGCACAGGAAAAGUGAAAGUUACUCCACAUCAAGCGGUUCCAAAUCCCACAGCCGUUCUAGGAGCCGCAGCGACUCUCCUCCAAGACAGUUCAACCACAGUUCUAGCUACAAAGGUUCCAAGGUGAGAAGUUACAAGAAAUCAAAAGACUACAAAUACUCCACACACAAACCGCGGAAAUCACGCAGCAGGAGUUCAUCACGUUCCAGGAGCCGAUCGCGGGAGCGCUCUGACCAUUCGGGGAAGUACAAGAAGAAGAGUCACUACUAUAGAAAUCACAGGCAUGAGCGUUCCCGCUCCUAUGAGCGAGCAAGUCAUCGCUAUGACCGAGACCAUCCUGGCCACAGUAGGCACAGGCGAUGAAUAAAGCAAAAAGUUCUUUCCUUUGGAAUUUAAGCAGUGGAGCUCUUCCCCGUUUGGUCUUUGCAGCAU